UACAGUGCAGCAUUUCAUACUGCGGCGCGACUGAGGAAGGCGGUUGCGCCGGCGUUCUCCUGUCGUGACACACAUGAGCGUCCGGGAAUCGACAUGUCUGUCAUUCAGUAUUGCUCGAUAUUGUCACUGAUGGUGUUAUGCCUCGCUCUACCGGGUAAUCCGAAAAAAAAUUUCAGAUGCCCUUCUGCGUGCUCUUGCUCCAAGGAGUCCAUCGUUUGCGUCGGGUCCUCCAGUGUUCCGCGGAUUAUCCCGAAUGACAUCAACUCACUGAGCAUUGUAAAUGGAACCUUCUCCGAGAUUAAGGAGGGGAUGUUUUCUCAUAUGCCAUCUUUGCAGUUACUGCUUCUAAAUUCUAAUUCAUUCACUGCCAUAAGAGAUGAUGCAUUUUCUGGGCUUCCACACCUUGAGUAUCUGUUCAUUGAGAACAACAAGAUCGAGACGACAGCCAGAAAUGCGUUCAGAGGUCUUCGGGACCUAACCCACCUAUCUUUGGCCAACAACAACAUGAAGGCUCUGCCAAGGGAUCUCUUUUCGGACCUGGACUCUUUGAUAGAGCUGGACCUGCGCGGUAACGUGUUCGAGUGCGACUGCAGGGCCAAGUGGCUGAUGACCUGGCUUAAAAGCACCAACGCCACGGUGUCAGAUAUCAUGUGCGCCGGACCCGACAACAUGAAGGGCAAGCGUCUGAACGACGUGCGCAGCCUGCACAGCGACUGCAUCUCCACGGACUUUGUCCUCCAUCAGUCGGUGGCCACUCAGUCUCUGUCGGUGGACACCUUCUCUUACAAGAAUGAUGUCUACGUGGCCAUCGCCUCCCCCAGUGCAGAUAGCUGCAUGGUCAUGCAAUGGGAUCACAUCGAGAUGAACUUCAGGACCUAUGACAACAUCACAGGGCAGUCGAUCGUGGGGUGCAAGGCCGUCACCAUCGACAGCCACGUCUUCGUCAUCGUGGCCCAGCUCUUCGGCGGCUCCCGCAUCUUCAAGUUCAACGAGGACCAGAACCGGUUCACCAAGUUCCAGGACAUCAAGGUGGCCAAGGUCUCCAAGCCCAACGACAUCGAGGCAUUCCAGAUCGCCAAGGAGUGGUUCUUCGUGAUCGCCGACAGCUCCAAGGCGGGCCUCUCCACUCUCUACAAGUGGAACGAGCAGGGCUUCUACGACCACCAGUCGCUCCACGAGUGGUUCCGCGACACGGACGCCGAGUUUGUGAACAUCGACGGGAAGGCUCGCCUCAUUCUGGCCAGCCGAUCCCAGGUGCCCGUCAUCUACCAGUGGAACAAGGGCGAGCAGAAGUUCAAGCCGCAGGGCGAGAUCCCCAACAUGGAGGACGUGGUGGCCAUCAAGGCCUUCCAGAUCAAGGACGAGCACUACCUGGCCAUGACCCGCUACAUCGGGGACUCCAAGAUCCUCCGCUGGACCCCCAAGGAGUUCGUGGAGGUCCAGGCGCUGCCCUCGCGCGGAUCCAUGACCCUGCAGCCCUUCUCCUUCAAGGGCAGGCACUACCUGGCCCUGGGCAGCGACUACACCUUCUCGCACAUCUACCUGUGGGACGAGGUGGAGAAGAUCUUCCAGCUGUUCAAGGAGAUGUACAUCCAGGCGCCGCGCUCCUUCACAGUGGUGUCCACCGACCGCCGGGAUUUCGUCUUCGCCUCCAGCUUCAAGGGCAACACGCAGAUCUACGAGCACGUCAUCAUCGACCUCAGCUUGGUGGCGUAGGCCAGUCCCCUGGGGGCCUGUCUAUGUGGUGGCUUUUCUGACAGUGAGAGAGCGGGGGAGAGAGAGGGAGAGAGAGAGAGACUGCAUACGGCAUUAUCAGGUAUCAAUUCAUAUUCAGCAUUUCAUGCAUUUGUACAAAGGGUUUUGAUCUAAUCAACAUAUCUUUAGUAUCACUCAAUUGUUUGAUACGCACAGCUAAGGACAACUGGCGACUCCAUCAAUUGCUCUGCAAAUAAACAAAUGAAU